AUGGAGUUAUGGAAUAGGUAUUACGAAAUUAAGUUAUAAGACAAUCUUAAUUAAAUUGAUGUUAAUUUUAUGAUUGAACAAGUUCUUUCAAUUAAAAACAAAGGUGGAGUAAUGUAAUUAAUAGUUGAGAAAUUUACAUUAGAAAAUGGAUUAUUUUAAUACAUCAUUGCCAAAAGCAGUUCAGUUUUGGAUAUUAUCACGAAAGGAAAUGGAAUUAUUAUACUGAGUAAUUGCUCUAUUACUUAUUCUUAAACCAAUUUGCUUUCAAAUUAGGAAUAACCAGGAUCGAUCAGUAUUAAUUCAUAAAAUAGUUAUUUAACUUUGAAACUUUAGAAUUUUAACUUCACAAACAUUUACAAUAAGUUGGCAUCUGCAAUCAUAUCUUUUGAGCCAUCUGAAAUAUCAAACAAUAUUCUCAUAAGAAACGUCUUAGUUUCAGAUUCUUUUUCUCUCAUAAAUUUAUUUUUAGCAUUAGUAUUUAAUUAUCAAAAUGCAGACUAAAAUAAAGUAACUUUAGAAAAUAUUGUUUUAUAAUAAAGUCAAGAAGCAUCAGUGUAAUUCAAUAGAUAGCUAAAUCUAUUGGAACAAGCUAUUGUAUCGAAAAUAACAUAAAACAAUGCUAUUUUUAAUAUUUAAGGUUGUUAAUUAAAGAUUAUAAAUUUGACAUUUUAAGGAUUUGUACUAUCUGGUAUCAUAAAUUUAAUAAAUUGCAAAAAGAUUUCUUUAGUUAAUAUUUUAUUCGAUUAAAUUGCUUUAUUUUACGAUUUAAAUUUACUACAUGUUGAGUAGGCCGCAUAAUCUCUAUCAAAUAUAUAAAUAUCAAACCUAAAAAUUUAAGAAAUAACAUUUUUUAAUAAUAAAAACUAGAAGCCAACUCCUUACGUUUAUCCAAAUUUCUUUAUAGAAUAUUCAUAGUGUUAAUCAUCAAAGGCUGUAUAUCUUCCAACAAGCGAACCUUAGAAAUCGAAUAAUUUUGAAUAGAUUUAAUCAGUUUCGACAAAUUCUGGAUCGAUUUUAUCCAUAAAAUGCUAAAAUAAUCAAACAAAAAUACAACUCGAAUCUAUAGUUCUUUAAAAUAAUUAUUGCAAGAGUUGUAAGAAUGGUCUGAUCUAUUUUUCACUAACUAAUUUCCUUUAAAUCAAGAUUCAAGGUGUUUCAUGCAUCGGAAAUAUGAUAGAACAAUUUGGAUGCAUCAAUGCUUUUUCAGAGAGAAACCUUAAGGGUAAGUUAACCAUUAUGAAUUCUGUUUUUAUUAAUAAUACUGGUAGCUAAGGAUUGGCUUUAUCCUCAACUAAUGUGAAAGCAUACUUGUUUAACAUCAAGAUUUUGAAUAAUACCGCAACUUUAUUGGGAGGUGGGGUAUAUCUUGAUCUAAAUAACUAAGAAUUCUAAGUAAAAUCAUCAUUCAUUUAAUAAAAUAAGGCAAGGGAAGGAGGAGGAAUGUAUUUAAAUGGGGACUAAAUUUUAAAUGAUAUAAACUUUAUAGAAUCCCUUUUAAAUUUUAAUAAAGCUUAAUUAACAACAGAUAAUCUAUAAGAAUUGCCUUCUCAUUUAGAUUUAUCAAUUAAUAAUCAAAUUAUGCAUUCAGAUUAAAUAUAUGAUUAAAUUUCAUAAAAGAUAUUAAAAUUACGCCCUUAUCUAAUUAUCUAAUAAGGUAAAAUAAUAAUGGAAAAUGCAUUGAUGCUUCCUAGCAAUUAGGAGAUAGCUAAAUAUGAAUUAUACAAUCCAAAAUAAAAUAAGUUUACAUCAUAUAUAAAUGAGCUAUCUAUUUAAUUUAAAAAUAGAUUUAAUGAAUAAUUACUUAACUUUACUGAUUCAUCUUGUCAAAUUAUUGAAUUAAUCUUAGAUAUUAAAUAAAAAACUACAUUGUAAUCAAACAACAUUUCCCUAAUUUAAUUUAAUCAAACCAAAAACAAUUUCGAUUUGGGAAUGUUAAUUUUGACAUUAGAUCCUUAUAAUCAAACAGGAAAAGAGUAUCAAAUUUAAAUCUAUUGUAAAGCCAAAAAUUAGAUUGAAGAAAUGUCAUAUAUUUUAAAGGUGAAAAGUCUAGUUUGUUAAUUAGGAGAAUUUUAUGUGUUAAAUGGCUGCCUGACUUGUUAAUCUAAAUAAGGGUUUUACUCUGUGACAUACAAUGCAACAAAGUGUUCAAUAUUUGAUAAGAUCAAAUUUGAAGCAAUUACAUCUAACAAUAUCAACUUGAAAUCUGGAUAUUGGAGACCUCAUUUUGAGUCAGAUUUCGUUAAUGAAUGUUUCAAAAAUAUAGAUUCAUGCAAAGGUGGUUGGGUUGUUGGUGAUGAAAUUUGUAAAACUGGGUAUAUUGGAGGAUUAUGCGAGGAGUGUGAUAAAUAUAAUAAAAGAGGAGAUGGAUUUUAUUUUAAAAAUGAUAAUUUCACUUGUUGGAAUUGUAGCGACUUCUCAAUUAGUAUAUUAUCUUUAAUUCUAAUAACAGCUUGGGUCUUUCUUUCUACUCUUAUAACAUUAACUAGUGUAGAGAACACCAAUUAAUUGUUUACACUAUUCAAAUUAACUCAAAAAUUUUCAUAUAUCUUGUUUAAGCUGAAUUUAAAAAGCAUCAUGUCAAAAUUAUUUCUUAACUAUAUUUGGAUAUAUUCUGUCAUAUUUACUUUUAACAUUUAAUUCUCUUUCUCAUUACUUUUUGUUAACUAGGUAAGUGAUACAUCUUAUUUUCUAACCAGAAAUUUAGAUUGCAAACUUUCCUAAUCAUCUGAAAUAGAACUAAUAUAUAUGAGAGUGUUGGUGAUGUUUAUCUUAAUUGCUUUAUAAAUCUUCAUCAUUUAAUUAUCGGUCAGCAUCUUUUCUAUAGUAGCAAAAGUAAAAUUGCGAAAUAACUUAAUAUCAAUUACAUUGAUUUACUAGUAUAUUUAAAAUUAUGCUGCAAUAAUAACUCAGCUUUUCUCCAUUUUGGCUAAUAGGGAAAUUUCACAAAUCAGUUAUGUUUAAGGAGAUGUAUCCCUUCUCUUUGAAUCAUCUAAUCAUUAGGCAUGGAUGUAUAAAUUUGCAAUACCAGUUUCAUUACUCAUAGGGUUGAUUUUACCAUUCUUUUUAUUGGUGUUUCUGUACCAGAAAAGAGAAUAAUUUGACAAAAUUUCAUUAAGAAGACACAUUGGUUAUUUAUUCAAUGAAUAUGACAAUAAUCGCUCUUUUUGGGAAUGGGUAAAGUUAUGGAAGAAGACAGUCAUUAUUGUUAUUUUGAUUUACUUAGAAACAAAUAUUUUUUUAAAAGGUUUCUUUAUUGGAAUUUGCCUAAUAAUUUAUUAAAUGGUCACGUCAUCAUAUCUACCCUACAUUUAUCCAAAAUUAAACAAAUUGGAUUUAAGUUCAGGAUAGCUAUGUUCGAUGGCAAUUUUCUUAGCUGCAGUAUAAUAUUUUUGUGAAUGA